AUGACUGUUUCUGAUGCUGCAGUAAAAGCUGUUGUUUGUUAUGAAACUGACUUAAACGUUAAUUGGUUAUCACCGUUGGCUUAUCAGUUGCACUGUACUUCUCAAAAAUUACCAAGUGACAGAAUUAAAGAUACAGUUAUUUACCAAAGCUUCCUUCUCCUCUAUGGAGUUACCUCGCUACUUGCGGCCUUACUGCAUAGAAGUGUUAUGUCCUUCUAUUUCUUUGAUUUUCCGGUAGCCGUACUAAUUGUUCAGACCGUUGUGCUAUUAAGCGUUCUAGAAUUUGCCAGCAUCUACUUAUCCCUCCAUGCCACUGAAGGUCUCGUGAUGCCUCAGUUUGCAAGCGUCAAAGCUUUCCUUCCGAUUGCAGUUCAAAUAGCCAGUGUUUGGCUUUACCGACGAAGCUCUUUACCUCCCUCUCUGACAGCUGCUGUUGUAGGCCUCUCUUUCGGCUGUUGCUUAACCAAUCUACUUGAUCCAGUUUUCGAUGCAUGGUCGAUUAUUUACGGCAUUGCCGCUAUCGCAAUGCAAGCAGGAAGUCUUAUCAUAUUUCAAGAUCUACUUCAAAAGAUCAGUUUCUCAGAAUUGCUUUACUAUAACUGCUUUAACAGCUUUAUCACACUGCUUGUCAUCGACAUUGUUCAGGAUGAAAUCCGGGAUUCUGUAUUCUUCAUCUUUACAAGCUCUACCUGGUCUUUUGUUAUCUGUCUAGCUUCUGUUGUCGUAAUGGGCAUUGCUGUACAGUGUUUUACAAUAGCUUGCCUGCAAAAUGCUGGAGCUCUUGCGCUUUGUGUAGUUGGCAGCGUUCGAAGUGCACUUCAGGUUUAUUUCGCUCAUUUCUUUGCCAUCACUAUUUACUAUGAUUUGGCACCCGGGUUUGAAAACUUCGCCGGCCUGGUAAUGACGAUUGUAUGCGGAGCCAUUUUGGCAUAUCAGUUUUAUCAGAAUCGUUUGAACCGUCCGUCGCAAUGGCCACAGACUCUGUAA